AUGGCCAAACUUGUCUCUCGACAACCACCCGCAACCUCGUCCUUCUUCACCUCCCUCCUCCGACCGUCAGUGUCAAUAUCACAAUCCUACAUCUGUACACCAUGCCGACGUAACCUGCACCGAGGCCUGCCCGAAAAUGGCCGCGUACCUCCUCCGACACCAUUCGUCCCUGAUGUUCCUACGUUCCUUACACUCAUUGGGCGCGAACUCUCGAAACACGCAAGCAAGAUCGAGUCCUGGGAGGAGCUUUUCACUUUGACAUCGCAAGAACUGAAGGCCCGAGGGAUCGAACCGCCCCGGAUACGACGGUAUUUGCUACGAUGGCGGGAGAAGUUCCGGAAAGGCGAUUUCGGCGUGGGGGGAGAUUUCCAGCACGUCAAGGACGGGGUCGCCGAAUUGAGAGUGGUGGAGGUCCCGAGUCUCAAGAAGGAUCCUGUAACAGGGGAGCCGGUUUCCGGCCCUGUCACGGUAGGCAGGACUCCUGGGAUGCAGAAACUGAUUGUCAACGUCCCGAAUGGGUCGACCACGUAUGCGCUACAACCUGGACAAACUACGGCGGAUUUGCGGAAACCCAAAGGGUUCAAGCUGAAGAAUGGUUAUAUCAUAAAGGGCAAGCAGGCCCAGCCUCUGAAAGGCACAUAUGGCAGCGGUGUCAUUGUGAAAGUGACAGAAGGACUCUGGGAGCAUAAACAGGGACACAAGAUUCACGGCGGUGAGAGGAGAAGGGCCGAAACAUUGCACAAACUGAGAGUGGAAGAGAACAAGAAGAAUGCAAGAUAA